UGGGUAAGGUAUUGAGUUACAGCAGGAACGAGUCUCAGGUAUCACACGCGGCAUUAAGGUGGGCGCAAAUGCCGCUGCAGCGACCGUGGUUUCAUUCUCUAUCGCGGCAGCCCGCUAUGCCACCAAGCCGAACUGCGAAUUUUGGCAAAUUUUGUGAAUCACUCUUAUUUCCGUAGAGGUACUGACAUCUUGCUGCAAUUCGCAGUAUCGUUUGUCAAGCAAGAGACAUAGCGAAUUACAAACACAGCAAGGCCACAAUGAAGAUGAGGGACGCAAUGAUAGAGGGACGGAUUGCAAAAUGUAACGCAUGGGGAAAGGAUAUGGAGGAUGCGGAGGAGAGUGAGGAAUUGGACAUGUUGAGUAUGGAUGGUGGGAAUAUUGGAGGGGGGGGCCAGGGUUUUGAGAGACGGAGAGGGUGUGGUUUGGGGAGGGAAGCAUUAGGAGCACAAGUGGCAAAAAAAAUGCAAAUCAAGAGGGGAAUUAUUGAAGCAGUUGAUGAAGGCGGUGGGUCUCAACCACUAGCAGAACCCGCGCAUCAUGAAGCAGGAAAAGCUGAGGAGGAUGAUGAAGCGGGAUAUGGAGAGGGUAAGCGUCCACCCGGCGAGCUUUGUAACGGAGAAUCUUUGUCUCCAUCAAGAGUUUGCCAGGGCAAUUCCGCCCUUCUAAUUGCAGAGCUUCUCUCCGCAGGAAAAGCUGGAAUUCCGGGAAAAUUGCUCGAUACGGCGGAAGAUGAUGAUGCUGAAUCGAAAAGAGUAGUGGACAGGAAGAAUUUGAGCAUUUCAAUUGAGGAGGAAUUUUCACAUCACAAGCCAGGGUUAGCAAGAUUGAACAAUGGCAGCUUCGGAAGCUGUCCACAAUCUGUGUUAGCUGCACAAGAGAAUUGCUCUCGUUGUUGGUUACGCCAGCCUGAUAAAAGCUACUUUGGUCCUUUGGAGGAGGGGUUGUAUCGCGCGAGGAAAGAGGUUGCUGACCUUGUCAAUGCACCUGUUGAAGAAGUAUUUCUUCUGGAAAAUGUAACCGCAGCUGCUUCCAUGGUGGCAUUGGAUGUCAUGUGGGCUUUCGCUGAAGGUCGUUAUAAGAAGGGAGACUCAAUAUUGAUGUUGAAUUUCACAUACGGAGCUUUGAAGAAGUCUUUUCAAGCUUAUGCUGCAAGAGCUGGGGGAAGAAUCUUUCAAGUUCAGAUUCCCUUUCCAGUGUCAUCCGAGGAGCAGAUUUUGCAAGUCUUCGAAGAAGCAUUGGAGGAGGAGAGAGAGGAGAAUCCAUCAAGCAUAAUUCGCAUGGCGGUCUUCGACCACAUCGUCUCCAUGCCCACAAUGAUACUCCCAAUACGGCAACUUAUAAAGCUCUGUCGCAGCUAUGGUGUAGAGAACAUUUUCAUUGAUGGAGCACACGGCAUUGGAAACCUUGAAUUGAACCUGACAGAACUUGACGCUGAUUAUUACACGAGCAACCUGCACAAGUGGAUGUUUGCACCCACCACCGCUGCUUUUGUUCAUUGCAAAGCGAAGCACCUUGGUCGGCUGCAUCACCCGAUUGUCUCACAUUUGUAUGGUGUUGGAAUUGCGGCUGAAUGCUCGUGGUUAGGCACCCGGGAUUACAGCCCUCUUCUCGCAGUUCCAGCAGCAAUUAAGUUUGUGAUUGACGUAGCUGGUAGUAUCGAGAACUAUAGCAAAUUUAAUCACUGCAAGGUUGUAGCAAUGGCGGAGAUGCUCGCGAGUUCGUGGGGUACAUUCUUGGGCACACCACCGGAGAUGUGUGCGGCGAUGGCUAUGGUUGCUCUGCCCCCUGCCUUGAACAUCCAUUCGCAGGUGGAUUUAUUAGCUCUGCGAAGGCGUAUCCGAGAAGAGUAUCAGGUGGACGUGCAUCUGUACUAUGCAGGAAGUUUAGCGCCAGCCAAUAUUGACGAUGCGUCUCAAGGAAGGACGAGGACCACCGCUUACGUGCGUAUAUCCCAUCAAAUUUAUAACAACAGUGACGAGUAUAUAAAGCUGAGAGAUGUUGUCAAUGACAUUGCACGUAAAAGUUAGUCAUACCUCUGACACUGCACUGUAAACUUCGUCAAACUUUUUCUGUAAAUAAGAAAUUCAAAAAUUAAUCCUGUGGGUUCCAUUCUCUCCUA